AUGUAUAAUUACUCUUUAACAUCUCAUAUACUUUGUUUACCCACAGAUUUUAUUCCUGUAACGUAUAUGAUGCCGGCUGAUUACAAUCUGUUUGCUGAUGACUUUCGUCGAGAUCCGAAUCAUGCGUGGAUCAUGAAGCCGGCAGCAAGAGCUCAAGGAAAAGGGAUAUUUCUUAUUAAUAAAAUAUCUCAGAUCAAGAAAUGGUCGCGCGAUGGCACUAAACAACUUACAUCUUCUGCACCAAGUCGUGAAACAUAUGUCAUAUCAAGAUAUAUUGAUAAUCCAUUACUGAUUGGUGGAAAAAAAUUUGAUUUACGUUUAUAUGUCUUGGUAACAUCGUUUAAGCCACUGAAAUAUAUCGACUAG